AACCAGGCGAGAGCGACAUCUCGUUUCUUCCCCAGAAACAAAAGAAAAGCAGGCGAGUGCCAUACCGUUCCCAAAGGCGAUGGCGAUGCUCCGAUCUGCCAUUGGAAUUGCACUCCGGCGGUCGGCGACUGUCUCUCGCUUCUUCAGCAGCGUUAGCCAGGGAUGCAGCGAGGCAGCCGCUGCUGUCCGGCGGCCGGCGCUGGCCUCUAGAGGCUUCACCAACGGGGGACGCGGCAGCCCUGGAUGCAGAGAUAUCACCGGGAGUAAGAUGUCUUCAUAUGCAAGUGGUGGAUCCAAGGGAAAUGAAGGUGGCAGCAGUUCAAAGGUGUUUCAGCAGCAAGACUCCACCUGGUGGAAUGUUUUGUUUUGCGGCAUCGGCGCCGGAGUAAUGCUUACGGUACAACACAAGGUGGGAGUCCAGCAAGACGAAAAAUGGAAACGUGACAGGACGCACAAGACUGAGACGCCUUCAUGGAUGAUGGACAAGGAGAAGGCGGAGAAUGUCGUGAACUCGUGGACUCGAUGCUAGCACGGUGUCUGUCUGGUUUCCAGUACUGCAAUGUAAAAUAGUUGGCUAUGUGGUAAAUAGAAAUAAAUGUGUAAAAUUGCAUGAUUUAAUCAAAAUUAAGAUAGUGGAGUCCUGGCAUGUAGAAAGAAUUUUGCAGAAAAGUGCCAAAGUUACACGGAUGUCUAUUUUAUCGAAUUUCUUGAA